AUGAACAUUGUAUCUUCUGAAGCAUGUGAAUCUACAAUCAUGGCGUGCAUGAAACAUGCACAUGAUCCCAGUGAACCUUCGGCAAACUUGAAAUGCCGCUCUUACACUCCAUCGAACUCGAACACUUUUUCUGCUUUGCCUACCGUCACCGUCGCAUCUCGUAGUCCCAAAACCCAAGGAAGGAAUACAUACUCAAUACUCAAUAGAUCUCAUCUUCGUAAGAAGCCUAAACCACCGGCGUCACCAUUUCAUUCGCCACCAAAACAGCGAAAACCGACAGAGAAGCAAGGACGGUUAGAACCGUACCCACGCGCCGCCGCAGACGACAGAGAAACGGCAGGCUUCGUCAACCUUCUCCGACUGCCAGAGUAA